UCAGUGUCAGCCAAGAUAUAAAAAAUAAUGAGGUAAAAUAGAAAAAAAUGAAAAAAGUGUGCUAUUUGUGGAGACUCUCCAGCCUUUAAACUUUUCAGUUGAUAAUUAAGUUAAAGUCAAUAAGGAGCGUUCAUCAGCCACAUGCUCCUCUGCUUUACAGCUCCAUCCUCUGAGUAAACAGUUCAACCACCAAUCACUUUGUCAGGCUGCUAUUGAACAUUUUACCUUAGCAUCUAACAGCUGACUAUGUGAGGCAGCGCAUGCAGACAGGAUGCAGCGGUGCGUGUCCAGCUGUCGGAACUGAUGAGUGACACUGACUCCUGACUGCAGUAAUGGAUCCCAAACCAAGAAAGGCUAAGAUGAUAUUUGGCCUGAAAGUGAAAAAGAAGAAGAAAGUCAACACAGACCUAGUCCUGGCAAACAAGGGAGCUGUGGACAGUGAAGGGGAUGUGCCAUCUGAAGUGUCUCCUUUGUUAGAGGGAGAAAGCCCUGAAGACCAACCUGCAAGCUCUGCAGUCAGAACCAGAAUAAUACCAAACAACAAGAGGGCCCAACUGAAAACACGGAUCCAGGACAGUGAAGGGAAACCGCAGAGCUUCCAGAUAGCUAUUAACAUUACAGAGGCGAAGCAGCUGGUAGGAGAAAACAUCGACCCCAGUGUGGUGAUUGAGAUCGGAGAUGAGAGGAAACAGACUUCAGUCAAAGAAGGAACAAAUGCUCCCUUUUACAAUGAGUAUUUUGUCUUUGACUUCUUCGCCCACAAAGAGAUCUUCUUUGACAAAGUCAUUAAGCUGACGGUGAUGCACUCUAAAAUGCUAAGGAGUUUCUGCAUUGGGUCUUUUAAGCUGGAUGUAUGGACAGUUUAUAAACAACCAGGUCACCAGUUCAUCAAUAAGUGGGCAAUGCUGACCAAUCCUGGUGACAUUAGCACUGGGAUCAAAGGUUAUGUCAAAUGUGACAUCAGCAUCUCAGCCAAAGGAGAUGCCAUGCAGCCAGGACUAAAAGCAAGUGAUGCUGAGGAGCAGAUAGACAAAAACCUGCUGUUACCAGAAGGUUUUCCCACUGAGCGACCCUGGGCUCGUUUCUUUGUGAAGGUGUAUCGAGCUGAAGGCCUUCCACGAAACAACUCCAGCAUCAUGGCCAAUGUCACAAAGGCUUUCGUAGGAGACAACACAGCCCUCAUAGACCCAUAUGUAGUGGUCAGCUUUUUCAAACAAGUGGGUCGCACAUCCACUCAGAAGUCCACAGCAGACCCGGUGUGGAAUGAGCAGAUAGUCUUCACAGAGAUGUUUCCCCCUCUAUGUCAGAGACUGAAGAUCCAGGUUUGGGAUGAGGGAAGCAUGAGUGAUGUUGCCAUUGGAACUCAUUACUUUGACUUGAGACGUAUUGCCAAUGAACAGGAUGGUGACAGAGGGUUUUUACCAACUUUUGGCCCUGCUUGGAUUAACUUGUAUGGCUCUGCCCGAAACUUUUCAUUAGGUGAUGACACUGUGGAGCUUAAUGAGGGCAUUGGAGAGGGCGUAUCCUACAGGGGUCGGGUCUACAUGGAGCUGGCAGUGGAGAUCCUAUCAGGAGGGAUGGGUUCGGAGUCCAAACUCAUCAGAAUAGUCAAGCAUGCGAAGGACACUAAAUCAGGAAAAGCAGGAGGGAAGGAUGGCAAGACUCCUGCAGGAGGAGGGGCAGGCGGAGCAGCAGGAGGAACUGCUGAUGAUGACAAAGGAAAGGCUGUGGCAGCAGAGGUCCUGCCUGUGGAAUCUCCUCCUGUGCUGAAAGCAGACAACAAGGAGAAAUUUCUGCUGUUUGGUGUGUUGUUUGAAGCCACCAUGAUUGACAGGAAAAUUGGAGACAAGCCCAUCAGCUUUGAGUUCUCCCUGGGCAACUGGGGUAAUGUCCUGGAGUCUGCAGGCCACCCCAGCAUCAGUGCCACCGCUGCAGCUGUCAAUAGGCGGAGAAGAGCGCUGGAUGUCUUAGAAAGCACUGACAUGUUAAGCUCCUCUCCUCUCAUCUCUCCACCUAACUCCUCACCUUCCCAUAUUGUAUCCCGAGACCCUCAGGAUACCACCACGACCUCUAAGUCUGCCACACCUUCGGAAAAACCACUCAUCGUUGAAGGAAACAGGUACUACAUGUAUCUGCCCCUGGAAAAGCAGAAGCCAUGCAUUAGUUUGCUGAGUGACUGGGAGGACAGAACCUACCGAAUGUGCAACUCCAAUAUGCUGGAGUAUAUAGCUGUUCUGUUUGAGGAGGGUGUGGCCAGUGCAGCUGAGCUACAUAGGAAGUCCGAUCCAGGGGCAGAGCAUAUGCUCAAAAUGGUCCUUAAAGAAUUCUGUAUGGAUGCCAGAAGUUUCAUUGCAGCCGCAGAGGCCAAGCUGAAGGCAGAGCUGAAGUCAAGCUACCUGACACAACUGGACAAGAAACGUCUCACCAUGUGUAAACAGGAACUGGAGAGUAUGAUAGGAGAGGCCCAGUCCUUGGGAGAAAGAAAGAGAAAAGCUGGUGGUGUGAAAGAAAUGCUGCAGGAUGCAGUGAAACUCAUAAACAAGCUACACUUUCUUGUGGAGGAGCCGCAGCACACAGUGCCUGACAUCUUUGUGUGGUUGCUAAGCAACAAUAAGCGUGUUGCUUACGCUCGAGUCCGAGCCAGAGACGUGCUGUUUUCCAGCAGUCGGGAAGCCAGAGGCACCCAUUGUGGCAAGAUAUUAACACUGUUUCUUAAGCCUCCAGGGAAGCGUGUUACAGGCUUGCCUGUCCAAGCAAAGCUGGAUGUUUAUUUGUGGUUUGGAACCUGCUCAGAUGCCAGCCACAUGCUGGAUGACCUACCUGCAGGGUGCAGUCCGGCCACAGGAGGCGCUGAUGCCAACAGCCCUCCAAAAUACCUGCUCUGCACAGAGCAGCAUCAGUUCCAGCUGAGAUGCCACAUGUAUCAGGCUCGUGGUCUGAUCGCUGCAGACAACACAGGCCUGUCUGACCCCUUUGCACGAGUCACUUUUCUAUCACACAGCCAAACCACCAAUGUGAUCAGUCAAACUCUCAGUCCAACAUGGAAUCAGUGUUUGCUAAUGAGCCGCCUGCUGCUGAGCGGAGACCUGCAGCACAUCCAGCAGGAGCCCCCUCGUAUUCUCAUCGAGGUGUACGACGACGAUGCACUGGGUAAGCCAGAAUAUCUAGGAGCCACAGUGGCAGAGCCUGAGGUUCGCUUGUCCUCUGACCCUUACACACCUCCAACUCUGCAGUACAGCCCGCUGCACUGCGGCAACCAGGCAGGAGGAGACCUGCUGGCCGCAUUUGAGCUGCUACAGAUUCCAGAGACUGGAGAGCAAAGUCUGCCAGCUUUAGAGGAGCAGGAAGGAGGCAUCUACACAGUUCCUGCCAACAUCAGACCUGUUCUCAGCACCUACAGACUGGAGGUGUUAUUCUGGGGCCUGAGGGAGCUGAAGAAGGUUCAGUUUCUGUCUGUCGAUCGCCCACAGGUGUUAAUAGAGUGUGCAGGUAAAACGCUGCGUUCCUCCAUCAUUCAGAAGUACAAGUCCAGCCCAAACUUCACCACGCUGGUUGAUGCCAUAGAGCUGGAGUUACCAGAGAACGAACACCUCCUUCCUCCUCUGAGUAUCACUGUUGUCGAUUGGCGGGCCUUUGGUCGUAGCACGUUGGUUGGUAACCACGUUAUCAACAACCUCAAGGCCUUAAAAUACACUCCACCUCCUGCCCUGCCUCCUCCCACACAGAUACAGACAUCUCCCAAGGUCACAUACACCCCUGGACCUGCGCAAGCACAAGAGCUACAAAGCACUGAGGGACCGUCAGAGCAAGCUUUAGAGACCAGUGCAGCUGCAGCACUAACAAAUGAGGAUUUCCUGAUCACUGUGGAGGAUGAAGCUCCACUUCCAGCCCCAGCCACACCUAAGCAAGAAUUAAAGAAAAGGGACAGCUCGGCAACGAGCACUCGUAGUCGUUCCACCAAGCGGAGGAGACGGACCAUAGCUGACGAAUCAGCAGAGUGUGUCAUUGACUGGUGGUCCAAAUACUAUGCAUCUGUAGAGAAAGAGGCCAAACAGAGGGAUGGCUCUCCAUUCUGCCAGGUCUUUGAAAAAGUUUUGCCGUACCAGGGCUUGCUCAGCGAUGGAAUAGACUCCCUGGUGAGGUCCUCAGAUGGAGACAAGAAGAAAAAACAGAAAGGGAAAGGAACCCUGGAGCUAAGCAUUGGUAUACCUACUAGAUUAGCCACACUCAAGCUGUACAACAAGGAGUUGGAGGCCGAGUUUGGGCAUUUUGACGAUUGGGUGAACACAUAUGAGCUGUUCAGAGGGAAGGCGAAUGAGGAAGAGGGGGUGACCGAGGAGAGAUUUGUUGGCAAAUUUAAGGGGCAAUUCUGCCUUUAUAAACUGACUGAGGAUGAGGAAGAGGACUGGGAUGAAGCCAUUGACACCAAGCACUUCAGAGUCAACAGAGGAAUCCCAUCAAAUGGCCCGGUCCAAGUCCUCAUACGUGUUUACAUCGUCUCAGCAUCUAACCUGCACCCAGCAGACCCGGAUGGAAAGUCUGACCCUUACAUUGUUAUUCGGCUUGGCAAGAAGGAAAUCAAAGACAGAGACAACUACAUCCCUAAACAGCUGAAUCCUGUGUUUGGAAGAUCUUUUGAGUUGCAGGCGACAUUUCCUCAAGAUUCUCUGCUGUCAGUGUUGAUCUACGAUUAUGACUUGGUGGGAGGAGACGACCUAAUAGGAGAGACUCGCAUUGACCUGGAGAACCGAUUCUACAGCCAGCACAGAGCCACCUGUGGGCUCCCUGCCGAGUACAGCUUUGAAGGUUAUAAUGCCUGGAGAGACUGUCUGAAGCCAUCAGAGCUGCUGACGAAGCUGUGCAGAGAGAACGGUCUGGAAGACCCUCAGUUCAAACCAGGACGCAUCAUUGUGGCUGAAAAAGUUUUCACUGGCAAGACACUUUUCAUGCAUGAAGAGCAACCAGUGGAGUCCUAUGAACACCUGUCUCUGAAGAUCCUGCACCGCUGGGCAGAGAUCCCUGCUGUGGGAUGCAAGCUGGUGCCAGAACACAUCGAGACCAGAACUCUGUUCAACAAGGCUCGGCCUGGCAUGGACCAGGGGCAGGUCCAGAUGUGGGUAGACAUGUUUCCCAUGGAUUUGCCACAUCCGGGGCCUUCAGUGGACAUUUCACCUCGAAAACCCAAGGGGUACGAGCUACGUAUCAUCAUCUGGAACACAGAAGAUGUGAUUCUGGAGGACAGCAACUUCCUAACUGGUCAAAAGUCUAGUGAUAUCUACAUUAAGGGCUGGUUGAAAGGUUUAGAGGAUGACCGACAGGAGACAGACGUCCACUACAACUCUCUGACUGGAGAAGGAAACUUCAACUGGCGCUUUGUGUUCCCCUUCAGCUACCUCCCUGCUGAGAAGGUAGUAGUGGUGAGGAAGAGAGAGAGUAUUUUCUCUCUGGACAAAACAGAGCAGAAGCUUCCUGCCAUUCUCACUCUGCAGGUCUGGGACUUCGAGACACUCUCCUCUGACGACUUCCUAGGCACGGUGGAAUUAGACCUCCAUGGGUUCCCUCGGGGUGCAAAGACGGCAAAGUCAUGUAAGGUGGACAUGUUAACGGACGGGACAGAGAGAAUCUCCAUCUUCCAGCAGAAGAGAGCAAGAGGCUGGUGGCCCUUCAGCAAGUCUGGAGAGCUGACGGGGAAAGUGGAGGCGGAGUUUCAUCUUGUGACAGCUGAGGAGGCAGAGAAAAAUCCUGUUGGCCGAGCCCGCAAGGAGCCAGAGCCACUGCCAAAACCAAAUCGCCCAGACACCUCCUUCUCAUGGUUUGUCAAUCCAUUCAAGUGUUUCUUCCACUUGGUUUGGCGAAGCUACAAGAAGUACAUCAUCAUCGCUUUGGUCCUGCUCAUCACAGCACUUUUCCUCGCACUGCUCUUCUACACACUGCCAGGAGCCAUUUCUCAGAAGAUAAUCAAUGGAUGAUACACACAUGUAGAAAUGUCCACACUGUAGUUUUGCUAUUGUUUGUAGAAUUACUGUUUUUGCUAUAGGAUGAUUAUGGAUAACUUUUAGAUGAUGCAACUCCCCUGGGAACAUUAGUGGUUAAAACAACAUGUUAUAAUAUGAAAACAAGAACUUUCCCAUUUCAGCAGCAUCCUUUCAACAGGUGUGUGUCCUUAACAGCUUCUAUACACCUGUCUGAAUGAUGUUAAAAACUACAGUGCCCAGCUUUAUUUUUUAUUCUUUUUUUUUUUUUUUUUUUUUUUUUUUGUUAAAUGGAAGAACAUGUUCAUUUGUUUUAUGAUUAUUUCAAGAUUUAUGCCUUCAUGUCGACAGGAACAAACUGAUUUGGGGAGCCAUGCUGACCUUGUAUAAUAUUGAGACACCAACAAGCACAGUUUAAGUCCAUCUAGAUAAUACUUGGAUGGAAAUAGUAUGAGGAAAAACUUACUGAACACUGGGAUUGACUGUCCUCUCCCUGUGUUGACAGCAGGAAAUAGGAAUCAAAGUCCACAGCCUUUGUCCUGCGCAAAACUGUUUUGAGCUCAGCCAAAGCUACAACCAGUCAACAACUUUCCCAGUCUUUUGUUGCUCGCGUUUGAAACAUAUUGCCGACAUCAAAUUCACCAUAAGCAUAUGUUUACAAAAAUCAAUUAUGCCAAUGAGGUAGAACAUUAAAUACACUGUCUUUGUACUGUUUUCAGUUGAUUAUGUCUGAAAGGAUUAGCAAGGUGUCAGUCACAUUUUAUUAAUAUUUUACACAGCAUCCCAACUUUUUUAGAAUCUCUGUCGAUCACAACUCAACUGUUGUCAAACAGUCAGUAUUUUUCCAAAUUGGGAUGGGCAGCAUUCGCUGAGCUGCUGAGAGAGAGUGACACAUAACCAGGACAGAAAAGCAGUAAUGAACUUGUAAAUAAACUUGGAACAUUUGUUGUCUUAGUACACAUUUUGAAAAAUCUGAACAUGCUUUGAACGUAUCUCUACUUUUACCUUUUUUUAAUUAACUGUUCAGCAAGCUCAUGAAAAGUUCAACACAGUUCAUGUUUUAGCUGCAUUUAUUGGGAGUACACAAGGUAUCAGGCAUCUCAUUUUGAUCUGGAAAUUGUCAGUAUCCCAUUUAUUUUUUGAAUUGAUCAGGGUUAAAAAAAAGUGAACAACUCUGCAUCAGCUUCAUUUAGCUUAGACCAUCUGCUUCAGCUGAACUACUGUAUGUAGUAAAGCAUAACAAUACCCCUUCUGUCCAGUAUUUCAAAGACAGUCACGUGCGAUUCUCUGUGGCACUAUAUUUCAAUCAAAUGAAAUACAUAAACAUGUACAGGACAGUGAACUUUUCAUAUAUAUAUAUAUAUAUAUACACACUUACAGAAAUCUGAGAACUGAAUUUAAUUUUGGAUUCUUGUGUGUAAAUUAGUUUUUAUAAGAUUCUGAACAAUGUUCUAGUGUUUUUAACAUUUGAAUGCAUUACGUUUUAUGGCUGACUAACUAGUGCCUGUCCAGGUCUACUAAUCCUGGAUGAAAUGUGUUACUGAUGUAACAAAGUGAUCCAUAUUAGGUGAUGUAAUUAUUUUGUCUGCACAUGUGUUUCAGAAUAACGUGCUUUGGCCA